UACAAACAAGGAUGGAAAGAGAAAAACACCAACCGGCGUAGUUGAAACUGAAUGUAACAGAAAAGUCGAUCGGCAUUCGGCAGUCACCCAACCAUUAAUUCCACCCCCCUCGAGGCGCGCCAAAACUCUCUCUGUGCCUCUCCCUUAUCUCUGAAUCUUUGUGUCUGCAAGACGCCAUUAGAACGGCGUUGUCCAUGGCUUCUCAGUCGUUGUGCAACGGCGAGAGAGCCGUGGUCCUCCUCUUCAUCUCCGCCAUCCUCUUCUCCACUCCCUCCUCGCUUUUCUCCCAAGCCCUGGUUCUCUUCCUUCUUGCCAUUGCCGCCCUCUUCCUCGACAUUCGCCUCGACAAUUCCAAUUUCUCUGUCCCCUUCAAGACCAGGCCAGGUGCUUCGUCAGGGAUAUUUCUGGGGGCAGUUACACUGCCUGCUGUUAUGAUCUCAAGGUUGAUUCAGCUAUCAAGAGCAUUCUCGUUGCAUGAAGUUGGAAUUAAAGAGCUUGGAUAUCUGAAAGUGCAAUAUUGGGCCACUUCUGCCAGCUGCUUCGGUGUGCUUAUUUUCAUUUUCUUACUCAUGCGGCGUUCUCCCAACAAUAGCUGCUCCUUUUCUUCGAACAGUCCUCAGGGUUUGAAGUUUAGCUCAAGUUGCGUGGUUUCAUGUGCAGUGUUGUGCUGUGUGUCUUUUGCUAUAAUAUCAUAUUAUGGAUUGCACACAGUACUACUGUUACUGUGGGUGCUCUUUCAUGGAGUGGCAGCUGCGAAAUUAAUUCAGCAUGUUCUUAAUACUUUUCCAUCAUGUGCUUCCAUUGGAGAAGCACUUCUGGUGACUUCUGGUCUGGUUCUCUAUUUUGGCGACAUGCUAGGAUGUACCAUUGCAAAGAUUGAUGGAUUCUGGAUACCAUUAGACUUACAGUAUGGAGCUAAAAGAAGUGAGAUUAGUACCAUCAUUCAGGGAGUGGUGCUUGGCCUUCUUCUUUUUCCAAUAUUCUUUAAAUUUCUUCUUCACAUUUGGGAACACAUUGCAAGUUCUGGUCACUCUGAAGCAAGGGUGUGCAAUGAGAUUGGGAAAUCUCUUAUUUUCCAUACUUCCCUUGCAUUUAUCUUGAUUGUGAUCAUCCCAUCAUGGAUGCAGUUUGUUCUGGAUUUUCAUAUGCAUCCGCUGUUAUGGAUAUUCAAAUUUGUUUUCUCGGAACCACUUAAAAGACUAUCAUUGUGUAUUUAUUGGGUGGUUGUUAUAUAUGCAUCAAUUCUGCGGUUUUACAAAAUCUCAAAGAAUAGUAAAGUGGAGCGGAUUCUUCUUCGCAAAUACUAUCAUCUGAUGGCUGUUUCGAUGUUUCUGCCUGCUGUUAUCUUCCAGCCAAAGUUUCUUGAUCUAGCCUUCGGUGCAGCUUUGGCAGCUUUCUUGACAUUAGAAAUUAUUCGAGUAUGGAGAAUUUGGCCCUUGGGACAACUUGUGCACCAGUUUAUGAAUGCUUUCACAGAUCACCGUGAUUCCAAUCUUCUUGUUGUCAGCCAUUUUUCACUUUUAUUGGGAUGUGCACUUCCUAUCUGGAUGUCUUCUGGUUACAAUGAUCGACCUCUUGCCCCCUUUGCUGGAAUUUUGAGCCUUGGCAUUGGAGAUACAAUGGCAUCAAUGGUUGGUCACAAGUAUGGUGUCCUCAGGUGGAGCAAAACUGGCAAGAAAACCAUUGAAGGUACUGCAGCUGGUAUAACAUCUGUCCUUGUAGCUUGCUCAAUCCUUCUUCCACUUCUGGCUUCAACUGGAUACAUAAUUACCCAGCACUGGGUCUCUCUUCUCUUAGCUGUGACCGCAAGUGGUUUGCUGGAGGCCUACACAGCACAGCUUGAUAAUGCUUUCAUACCUCUUAUUUUCUACAGCCUUCUCUGUUUGUAAAUGCGGCUCCAGCCUCCCAAAAAUAAAUAUAUGACUGUUGGAGGGCAGUACCAAAUCAUCCUAGAUUUUCCAUGAUUCUUAAUUUUGUGCUUCACUUGAGCACUUGCUUUUAGAUACAACCAACCUAUUAUUAGAGACUAUAACUCACCUGCUGUAUGGUAAGCUCAUUGUCGGCAGGCAUUCUUUUCGGAUUGGGACUGAGUCUUAAUAUUUUAAAUGUAGGUACGUUCGGCACACAUGUAAAUGGAUCUGCACUGGUAGGCUAACAUGUUUAGAGAUAGGCUUACAUGUUUAGAGAUCUUAGGAUAGAAUCACAUUUGUAGCGAGAACAAACUUUGAAUGGUUAGAAUACCUCUAUGUAUUUUAUCAUUUUAUAAAUUAAAUGUUUCCAAGGCAA